AUGGGUUUUUCUCCAGAGAUAAGAGUCGUAGUAGUAAUCAUGAUUGGGUUAUUUGGGUUGUUGAGUUCAGUGACAACUGCUGCUCCAAAGCUAAACACAAGAAUGGUCUUCGUUGCAUGCAACAAAGAGGCGUAUUCAGAGGGAUCAAAAUUUGGAACGAAGGUGAGUAAUACACAAAACAUGCCAAAUUAUAAUUACGACAAGAACUCAUCUGAUAUUGAUGGUACUGUCUAUGGUCAUGCUACUUGUGAAACGAAGCUCGAAAAGUUAUCGUGUAAAACAUGUCUUUAUGUUGCUGCAUAUGAGGUGAUUCCUCAUAUUUAUGGUUGUGUAAAUACUGUUGGGGCUCGUGUGUUUCUUGUUGAUUGUAAAAUUAGGUAUGAGAGAUAUCCGUUUUAA